GUCUGCCAUCAAACUGUCACUCUGAUUUUGAUCACCUUCCAACUGAGCAGUGACACAUCUACGAUCACAGCAUGACUUCCUAUACAGAUAAAGGAGAGAAGCACGAGAGGGGAAAGUUUGUCCGGUUUCAUCAUCUGACUUUCUGGGUCGGCAAUGCCAAACAGGCAGCAUCGUUCUACUGCGACAAAAUGGGCUUUGAGGCUUUGGCCUACAAAGGUUUGGAGACCGGCAGCAGAGAAGUGGUGGCUCAUGUCAUCAAGCAGGAUAAAAUCAUAUUCACCUUUGAAUCGCCACUAAACCCUGGAAAUGAAGAAAUGGGAGAGCACCUGAUGAAGCAUGGAGACGGUGUGAAAGAUAUCGCCUUCCAGGUGGAGGAUUGCGAUUUCCUCAUCAAGACAGCCAGGGAGAGAGGGGCGGUGAUCGUCAAGGAGCCUUGGGUGGAGCAGGACGUUCACGGAAGGGUCAAGUACGCCGUGGUUCAGACGUAUGGAGACACAACCCACACUUUGAUUGAGUACCUGGGACCCUACACAGGCCUUUUCCUGCCUGGAUACCGGGAGCCUCUUUUCAGAGACCCUCUGUUAGCCCAGCUUCCCCCUGCAGGCCUGCAUUUUAUUGAUCACGUCGUGGGAAACCAGCCAGAUGACCAAAUGGUACCAGUUUCGGACUGGUAUCUAAAGUGUUUAAUGUUCCAUCGGUUCUGGUCAAUUGACGACAAGCAAAUCCACACACAGUACAGCUCACUGAGGUCCAUCGUGGUGACCAACUAUGAGGAGACCAUCAAGAUGCCCAUCAAUGAGCCGGCCAUGGGGAAGAGGCUGUCGCAGAUCCAGGAAUACGUGGACUACAACGGGGGGCCCGGCGUCCAACACAUCGCCCUGAACACAUCAAACAUCAUUCAAGCUAUCAUCAAUCUGCGCGCCCGAGGGAUGGAGUUUCUGGCCGCACCUGACACCUACUACGAAACCCUCAGGGAGAACCUUAAAACUGCCAAGAUCAAGGUGAAGGAGGACCUGAAUCGACUGCAGGAGUUGAAGAUCUUAGUGGACUAUGACGACAAAGGCUACCUGCUGCAGAUCUUCACCAAACCCGUGCAGGACCGACCCACACUCUUCCUGGAGGUCAUUCAGAGGAACAACCACUUUGGCUUUGGGGCAGGAAACUUCAAAUCUCUGUUUGAGGCCAUCGAGAAGGACCAAGAUGCAAGAGGCAAUCUCACCGAGCUGAGACCGCGAGGGCAGGCCAAGAACUCCAUGUGAUCCCUGACUGCUGUCAGAGCACUUAGACUGUUAUGUCUUCUGCUGUCACAUCAUCAACACUCAGCACAUCCACGCUGGAUCAUACACAUGUACACAGUGUUGAAUGUCUGUGGGGAACAAACGGCGGCUGUUAUCAGAUACGCUUGAAGCCUAGUUUAGAUUGCUCGCUGCUGUUUGGCUAAAUAAAGAUAUUCCUGUGCGUUGGCAUG